AUGCGCCAACCUCAAGGUUUUGAAGACUCUAAGUAUCCAACCCAUGUUUGUCGAUUGAGAAAAUCUCUUUAUGGGCUAAAACAAGCACCCAGAGCUUGGAAUGCAAAAUUCACAGGUCAUCUUCUGGCCAUUGGUUUUACUGUUUCUCAUUCUGAUUCAAGUCUUUUUGUUAAGCAUGUUGGUUCAGAUAGUGUUAUUCUUCUCCUCUAUGUUGAUGAUAUUAUAUUGACUGGUUCUAAAGAUAGUUUAGUUCAAGAGGUUAUUGAUGAAUUAAGUGCUGUGUUUGAAAUGAAAGAUAUGGGGCGAUUAACCUACUUCUUAGGAUUGCAGAUUUCUUACCAUGAUAAUGGAGAUAUCUUUGUCUGUCAAACAAAAUAUGCUAGAGAUUUACUUGCAAAGGCUGGUAUGGAUACAUGUCGAUCUUGUACUACUCCAUGUAAGCCACAUUGUCAGCUUUUGGCUUCGGAGGGUGACUCCUUAUCUGAUCCAACCAUCUACAGGAGUAUUGUUGGGGCACUGCAAUAUUUGACAUUCACUCGACCUGAUCUUUGUUAUGCUGUUAAUACUGUCUGUCAGUAUAUGACUCAACCUUCCGAUUUACAUUUUCAGUUGGUUAAGCGCAUCUUAAGGUAUAUUCAUGGUACUUUGGAUCAUGGUCUGAAUUUUACAAGUGGAUCUUGGGAUCUUCAUGCUUAUAGUGAUGCAUAUUGGGCCUCAGAUGUGAAUACUCGCAGAUCGACCAUAGGUUUUGUGGUUUAUCUUGGCAACAAUCCAGGUUCUUGGCAAUCUAAGAAGCAAAAUUCUGUUUCUAGAAGUUCAACUGAGGUUGAGUACAGGGCAUUAGCCAAUACAGCAGCUGAUCUAGCAUGGGUUCGACAAGUUUUACUUGAUUUAAAGAUAUUCUUACCACAGCCUCCUACAAUACAUUGUGACAAUCUUUCAGCCCUUGCUUUAAGUUCAAAUCCUGUGUAUCAUUCUCGGAUCAAACAUUUAGAUAUUGACUUUCAUUUUGUAAGAGAAAGAGUCCAAAAGAAAGACUUGUUUGUGCAGUAUAUUCCCACUGAAGAACAGGUAGCAGACAUCUUCACAAAGGGACUACAUGGUCCUAUUUUUCUGAGACAUUGCAGGAAUCCGCAACUUAGCAGCUCAGCUGGGUUUGAGAGGGAAUAA